GACUGACGUCCACUUUCAGUUACACCUUGGAACAGCACAUCCUAUGGCCCAGAUGCCCAUCACACCCACUCCCUACCUUUUCAUCUUCGAAUGUACUUUAAAGGAACCCGUCUCUUCCUCCAUACAUCAUCAUUCAGUUCAUUCAAAUCUUAACAUCAGACAUGAUGCUAAUAUGCCAAUGACCCAAUGUUUCGAUACAAAUCUUUUGGGCUUUUCUAAUGUUCUGUGAUCGCCAUGGAGGAACACUUGAAGGAGGAAGUGGCUGCAUUUACAGCGAUUUCAGAGGACAUUCUCCUCAACAUAUUUUCUAAGCUUGAAGGCGAUCCAAGAUAUUUGGCUAAUUUAGCUUGCGUGUGCACCAAGUUCAGCUCCAUAAUACGAACAAUCUGCUGGAAGAAGAAGUGUAUAGUGGAGAUCCCAAGCGUUGUAGCCGAUCUGUUGCAGACGCCACGGUCCGCUGUUAAAUUGGCGGAGCCGCCGGGUGGGUGGGCAGCGCUUCAGAAGCUUGCUGUGUGCUGCCCUGGCCUCUGGCACGCUGGGGUUUUAUUAGAUAGCUGGGAUUAUGGCCUCGAGCGAGAUAUUGGGCCCAGCGAACACUACAAGAUCGAAACCCGUCCAGUGCAAAAAUCUUCAAGCGACGAAGGAACCAGCGAAAUCCAUUCCCACUGGACUGCGUUUGAUGAUCUGCAUUUUCAUACUGAUUUUCAGGCCGGGCUAGGGUUUGCUCAAAACCCUAGCAAAGAGGAGGCUUCGCAAAUUAAGGCGGAGGAAGCUCCAGUUGGAGAAAACGGGCAUGGCGUGGGGGCGGAACACUUAGGAUUUGAGCAAUACCCACAGGGCAAAAGUGCGACUGCUGACAAGUCGGGAGUAGCUUCGGUUGAAUGUUCUAGUGGACGAAAAUCCUCAGGGCUUUCUACAGACGGAAGAAGUGGUUAUGAUACUAGGGAGGAGCCUCGUGAAUUUCAGCAAUACCCACAUGGAGAAAGCUGCGGUUCUGCAAAUUCAGACCCACUCUCGGCAGAAAACCGUAACGUGGGUCAAGUUUCAAGUCUUGUGACAGAACAGUCGGAUGGAGAAAAUGAGCAUGGUCCCAGGGAGGAGAAAUGUGGGUUUGAGCAAUACCCACCUGGAGAGAGUGCGCAUGCAGUCCGUUCAGGAUCAGGCUGUGAAAAACCUUCUGAAGGCCAUUUUUCAUCUGAAAUGCUCAAUUCCAGUGAGUCCAGUGAGCUUGAGGCAAAGAGAAAAGAUAGCCCCUACUUCUUGUCCGAUGAGUGCUGUGGUAUGAACUUCGAUGCAAAGAAGAGGAAGAAAGGACAUCAACACCAAUCGAUUUGGCCUCAUAUGGCCACUGGUGCCUGGAAUCUUUCAAGAGAGCAGGGCAACAAGCUUCUGCAGAGCAGGUUUCGUGGGGACUGUCUCUAUAUAUGUGAUUUGCCUGGCUGCAUUCACUCAGAGGAGAAGAGGAGUUACAGGCUUUUUAGGGGGAUUUUUAAGAAUUUCAAAAAUUCAUCUGUGUGGAGGAACAUCAAGGACAUGAAAGCCAAGAAAAGUGAGAUGAGUUGUGCUUUCUGUAACUCAGAUGGCACGUGGGACAUGCUGACUACUUUCUGUUUGAGGAAGUCGUUUGAGUAUCACGAUGAUGGGGAGCCUGUUGUUAGGGCCUAUGUCUGUGAGAAUGGGCAUGUGGCUGGGGCCUGGACGGACAGGCCAAUGUAUACUUAAUUGGAUUUUGAUGAAGAAAGUCUCUGAAUUUUAGAUUUAAAAAGAAAAUGAUUAGUGGUACUGGAUAGCUGUUUUAUUACGGCGUUAGCUAUUGUAUUUCAGUCGGUGAAGAAGAUCCUGGAAGAUUAUUGAAGUUUGGUCGAUCAAGUGUUUUGAGAUUUCUGAAGAGUGUUUUAAAGGAGAAUCUCAGCCAAUGCUAAGAUAUACAUUCUGUUGUAGCUGUAUUUAUGGAUUCUUGAGGGGAUUUUGGGAGUUUGGUGGCUGAUUUCAUCUCAAAGAAAGACAGAUUAUUUUGCCCUUCAGGCAUGUUUCUGACCAAUUUGCAGGCGUCUUUCUAACUAAAUGGCUACAAAUAAAAUGCCCAUCACAGGGUGAGGUAGUAGCGACAAUAAUGCGCACCAGUCCUACAUACACGAUUACAAGCACAAUACCCAUAAGGUCAUCUUCUGCGAUUUACUAAUUCACGUUAUUGUACUUUUUAGAUUAUUGCCCUAGAACUAGUUAGAAUUAAAGUUCAGUUCUUUCAGCCAGGCUUUGAAGUUUGGCAGUUGUUCUUGCCUGUCAGGAACACAUUUUUUUGGGUGGUUUCUUUAAGACAGCAUUUCAUUGGCACGAUUUUAUACGGACUGGUUAUCUUAUUUAAAACUUCUGAUUAUAUAAAAUACCUCAUUCCUAGCUUCUAAUUGUCAUUUUCUAUAAACUGUCCAGAUAAAUUGACUGUAAAAUAUACUAUGUAAGAUUGCUUUCAUCUUCCAUUACUGGGAAUAAAAUCAAGAUUGCUUUCAUCUUCCA